GGCUGCAGGGGAGGGCAAUGUCCCGCUCCUGUGCAGCUCCCAUGUUGCCGUUCUUGUCCCGUCGCGACAUGGCCCUGCGGAGGGUGCUGGCGCUGGGGGCAGCCCUGGGCCGCCGCAGCUGCUGCUCCAAGCCCUCGCUGUCCCCUGACUUCGUGGAGACCCUGAGGGCCGUGGUUGGGGCCCCCAAUGUCUCCACGGCCACAGCGGUGCGGGAGCAGCACGGCCACGAUGAGUCCAUGCACCCCUGUGCCCCCCCAGAUGUCGUGGUGUGGCCCCAGGCGGUGGGGCAGGUGCAGGAGCUGGCAGCCCUCUGUCACCGCUGCCGUGUGCCCAUGGUGCCCUUUGGCACCGGUACCGGCCUGGAAGGAGGCGUCAAUGCCGUGCAGGGCGGUGUCUGCUUUGACCUGAGCCGCAUGGAUGCCAUCGCCGAGCUGAGCCUCGAGGACUUCUCGGUGACCGUGGAGCCCGGUGUCACCCGCAAGGCCCUCAAUAAGCACCUGCGUGGCACCGGGCUCUGGUUUCCCGUUGACCCUGGGGCGGACGCCUCUCUGUGUGGCAUGGCAGCCACGGGCGCCUCGGGCACCAACGCGGUGCGCUACGGCACCAUGCGCCCCAACGUGCUCAACCUGCGCGUGGUGCUGCCGGACGGGCGCCUGCUGCACACCGCCGGCCCCGGGCGCCAGCCCAGGAAGCGGGCGGCCGGCUAUGACCUGACCUCGCUCUUCGUGGGCUCUGAGGGCACUCUGGGCUUCCUGACUCAGGCCACGCUACGCCUGCACCCGCUGCCUGAGGCCACUGCUGUCACUGUCACCUCCUUCCCCAGCGUGGGGGCGGCCGUGGCUUGCACCGUCCAUGUGCUGCAGGCUGCCGUGCCUGUGGCCCGCAUUGAGUUUCUGGAUGAGGUGAUGGCAGAUGCCUGUGGCCGCUUCAGUGGGAUGGGGCUGCCAGCAGCAGCCACGCUCCUCCUGGAGCUGCACGGCUCCCGGCGUAGCCUGGCUGAGCAGCAGCAACAGACGGAGGAGAUUGUGCAACAGAAUGGUGGCUCCAGCCUGGCCUGGGCGGAGGGGCUGGAGGAGCGUGAGCAGCUCUGGUCCAUGCGCCACAACGCCUGGUACGCUGCCCUGGCACUGCGGCCCGGCUGCCAGGGCUACUCCACAGACGUCUGUGUGCCCAUCUCCCGCCUGCCUGACGUGGUGGUGGAGACCAAGCAGGACCUGCAGGCCUCCGGCCUCACCGGACCCAUGGUGGGACAUGUGGGUGAUGGCAACUUCCACUGCAUCCUCGUCUUCAACUCCCAUGACCCGGAGGAGGCCCAGCGUGUCCACGCCUUCACCCAGCGCCUGGGCAGGCGGGCACUGGCAGCAGGGGGCACCUGCACCGGGGAGCACGGUGUGGGGCUGGGCAAGCGAGCGCUGCUGCAGGAGGAGCUGGGCCAGGAGGGCCUGGACACCCUGCGCUCCAUCAAGGCUGCACUCGACCCCCACAACCUCAUGAACCCCGGCAAGGUGCUCUGAGGGGGAGCACCAGCACUGAAUUGGCAGUGAGGAGCCUCAGCCCCUGGAGUCAGGGCCAGGGUGGCAUUCUGCUCUGCAGUGCCACUAUAUGUAUCCCCUACAAAUCCCUUCAUCCCCACUUCUGGGGGUCAGGGAUCCUCAUAUCCCAAAUAAACCCUUUGGACUCACACUGUCCACGUGCUGUGAAGUUGUUUAGGGGGACAGGACCCCCCAGCCCCUUCCCAGGAGGCCCCUGUCACAGAAAACAGACACAGCGCAGGGCAUCGUCAGGGUCCCACUUCAGCCACUUCUCCAGUGCUGCCAGUGCCAGGUGAGGCUCUAUGGGACCUGCCAAGUACUACUGUGGCCAUCCCCACAUGGCAGGCACAGAGAAGGGGAAUUGGCAUGGGUGGGGGGCUCCAGCACCCCACUGGCAUCAUCUGCUUCACCAAGAAAGCCAGUGAAAUAAAAUAACAGUGAAUAUUUUAUUGAACAUUGUUUUAAUACCAUAUCAAAACACCUUGACUAAUGAAGGAAGCUCCCCCCAAGCUCUGAACUCUUUUUUUCCCCCGGUUUUUUUUUAAUAUAUAAAUACAGAAAGGUUUCCCGCAGGGGCACGGCCACCGGCAGGGGAGGUCUCACCAACGAAAACGCGCCCGCCGCGCCAGGAGGGGACAGGGAUGGGCGAGGGGGGUCACUGCCGUGAAAUGACACCAUCUUGGCACCUCCAGCAAAGCCACCCCUGUGACUAGGGGUGGCUGGGGGCAUCUGGGGGGGCCAUUUGGGCCUUCCCCAUACCCUCCUCAAAAGGGUUCAACUCAAAGCCGAUGGAAAAGAAAGAGGGGAGGCGGUUUUGGCAAGAGGAGCCCGGCGAGGGGGCACAGGAGGGGCGGCGGGGAUGCUGCAGCUCUCCAGUCUCUGAGUGGUUAUAGCUGAGUUAAAGAGUGACCAGUCUGUAAACAUCACCGGGGCAGGGAAGCUCAAAUUGAAGAACACGCCAGUCAACACGAAGCUUCAGUUGUGGUUUGUUGUUUGGUUUUUUUUUGUCCAUUUUCUCUUUUUUUCUUCUUUUUUUUUUUCUUUUUUUUCCUUUUUUUUUCUCAUUGUAAACACUUGAAAGACGGACCCCUGCGACUCAGCAGGGGGGAGCAGUGGCCCCGCUCCCGGCGUGGGGCAGAGUCCCCAUCUCAACACUGCCGGGGCCGGGGUGGAGAUCUCCAAAAGGGAGAUGGGAGAGAGGAGGAAUUUCCCGUUUAGUCAGUGCAAAAAAACCGAGCAGAGCCCCCGGGCGAGUCCGGGUGGGAGGUGGGGGGGUUGCCGGUGAGAAAUGCCGCGUGCUCCGUUUGGCCGGCUGUCCCCCGGCAGCUUUCCCCUUUCGCUUCGGGGAGAAAAGCCAAACAUCAUGGCAGGGUUUCGGCCGAGGGCGUCCCCGGGGCCUCCCUGGCAGGCAGAGCUCUCCUGGUGACCAGCAGCUGUGGAGGGGAGAGCAGGUCGCUCCGCUUUUCUCAACACUGUUGUCUCCUGGAUGUUUCUUUUUGUUUUAAGUCUUUUAAAUUAAAAAAAAAAAAACAAAAACCAAACCAAAACAAAAA